CCCUGGCCGGGGCCCGCUGCCCCCCGAUCAAUCCGAUACACGCCUCCUGGGUUUAGCGCAGCUGUGCAUUCUCCCCCCCUCCCCCUGCCUGGCUCCCCUCCUCCUCCCCCCGCUGCCGCUGUCGCCUCCCUGCCCUCCUCCUCCUCCCCGGCCUCGCGUCCUCCUCUGGUCCCUCCCCUCCCGCGCCCCGAGAAGGAGACACUCGUUGCGUCCCCAGGCGAUGGACCCAUCCGGUGCUCCGCCGGCCGUCAUCGCGGCCCCCCCGGCCGAGAUCCCCAUUCCUCACAGCUGCCGGUCGAUCGCGGUCCCGGCCCUGGUGCAUCAGCUUCUUUUCCCCUCGGCCCUGGGCCACGGGGUGCGCGUGAUCGGCAUCCUCAUCGCCGAUGGGGGGCACUUCUUUUUGGAGGAGAUCCCACUGUACCGGGGCCAGCCGUGCCCGGCCACGCUCGGCCACGCCGACGGCGCGGUCGAAUUUCGCAUCACCCGCCGGAAGGAGCUCCCCUCCUCGAAGAUCGCCCUGGAUCUGAGUCGCAUUGACGGGCGCAUGCCAGCCUGGGUCCCGACCGCCCUCGGGGGGCCGUUGGUUCAGGUGAUUGGCAUCGUCACCGAGGACCGGCCCCCAGCCGAUGCGCCCCUCCUGGCCUCCAAGAAGCCGGAGCGCCUCCUUUCCGCGCGCAUUGUUCGCCACAUUGGCCCUGGGGUUGAUGACGCCGAUCGCGAGGGGGAGGAGACCGGCGCGGAUGCCCUCCCCGUCGACCUUCACAUCUGGCAUCGGACAGUCCGCCUGCGGCAGGAGCUCCUCGGGAACCCCUUCACACCUUGAGGGGAAGCAAGGGCCCGACAACCCGAUCAAGCUGCGCCGUGUCAGACCUCGCCUCCUUGAGGGCAGGGCCGGGAGGGCCAGUGUUGUUGACUGCCGGCUUGCCCUAUUCACUCUCCUUCUCCUCCCUUUUCCUCCCCCCCCCCUCC